AGGAGGAGUAGGAGGAGGAGGAGGAGGGAGACGGCGGAGCGGCGCUGGCGGGGCCUGGCCGGGCCGGGUCGGCGCGUCUCCUCCCGAUCGGCCCGCAGCGGGGGCAGGCGGCGAGCCGGCCGCGGCGGCCGCAGGUGGAUGCCCGCCGCCCGGCAUGGAGCAGGCCUGCGAAGUGAGCCGCCGCAGCUGCCUCGUCCCCUUCGGCACCUCGCUGGCGGCCGCCGAGGCCAAGGGCGGCCCGUUCGGCGAGGGCCGCGGCCCCGAGCCGCCCGCCAUGCAGCUGGCGGCCGCCAAGCCCGUGUACGGCCAGGACCCGUCGUCCUGCUACAUCCCGCUGCGCCGGCUGCAGGACCUGGCCUCCAUGAUCAACGCCGAGUACCUCGGCGGCGCCGCCGACGGCGCUGAGGCCCUGCCCGACCCCGGCUCGCCGCCCCCCCGCGGCCCCGGGGACCCGCCGGGCGGCGCCGACGGACCCGGCCCGGCGGCCGACGGGGCCCCCCCGCCCUUCCCGCUGCUCCUCCGGGACGGGGAGGACGAGGAGGAGGAGGACGAGGAGGAGGAGGAGGAGGAGGAGGAAGGCGCCGAGACGCCGGAGGAGGAGGAGGACGACGAGGAGGAGGACGACGACGACGACGAAGAGGAGGACGAAGACGAGGAGGCCGCCGCCGGUUCCCGGGAGCGGGCCGCGGCGGAGCAGAGCCACGGCCGCGCCGGGCCGCAGCGGGGCCCCGGCAGCCCGGAGCCGCCGCCCCGCCUGCAGCGAGCCGAGCUGCCGCUGCUGGACGGCGGCCCCGCCGCGCCGGCCGGCGGGGGGGACAAACCGGAGCCUUCCGCCACGGCGGCCCUGCACCUCAUCCGAGCCAAGAAGAAACCUACUCCAGUGAAGUAUGAAGUUGGGGAUCUUGUUUGGGCCAAGUUCAACAGACGCCCAUGGUGGCCAUGCACAAUUUGUCAUGACCCAGUGCUGGACUGUCACUCAAAAAUGAAAGUUUCCAAUCGGAGACCGUACCGAGAGUACUAUGUGGAUGCCUUAGGAGAACCUUCCGAGAAAGCCUGGGUGGCUGGCAAAGCUAUUGUCCUCUUUGAAGGAAGACACCAGUUCGAAGAGCUGCCUAUUCUGCGGAGAAGAGGAAAGCAAAAAGAAAAAGGCUACAAACAUAAGGUUCCCCAGAGAUUUAUGGCUAAAUGGGAAGUCAGUGUUGGACAGGCAGAAGACAUUCUUCUCGGGGGGCCAGAGGAUCAAAAGUGCAGCCAGAACUCCAGCGAGCUGGACAGCGAGAAGGAAGUGCAGUCGGAAUACUAUGCCAAUGGCCCUGGAGCCGAAAAGGACAGGCAGCUGAAUGGCUGUUUUAAAUCCUUGGCGUUUGACUCGAGACACUCAGCCAGUGAAAAAGGAAAAUUGCACAUUAAGCCACACGUGAAAAAGAGCUCUGACAGCAGAAAGAGGACUAGAGUAAAAAAGAAUAGCAUGAGAGGAGAAGCUUCCAAGGGAGAAAUCAAAGAAAAAAUGCCAGAGAGCAUAGUUAAAAAUAUGAUGGUUGGGGACCUACCAGAUAAACAUGCAUCUCAUGAGCUUCGCCGGAUUGCGAACAGCCUAACGGCAUCCAAUAGCACCAGGGAAAACCAUUUGCUCUCCUCCUUUGGAGAAAGACAUUUCGAAAAGAUAACUUUGAAACCAGACUAUGAGAAUUGUAAAAGCGGUGCUCUGAAGAACACACUCCAGGGGGAUUUGUUUUCCAGUGCAUCUUUGGAGAGAGAGAAAAGUUCCCUGGGCAUUCUGUGCAGUUCCAAGUUACAAAUACACUAUUCUGCGUCUGAGGCUGGCAUUGAGAAAAAGCAAACUGAGUCAGAUUCAUCCUCUUCCCUCUCGGACGGUGGGAACAGUGAUGUGGAUACCAUGGACCAAAGUUCAGAGAGAGCCUCUAGCACUCUUGAAGUCAGUGAUUCUUCAGAUAAGGUGGAGAAGGAAUUUCCUAUGACGUCAAGUGGAAACAUUAAGCUUUCUAUGUAUUUUUCUCAGAAGAGCAACAGAAGGGCCAGGAAGAAGUCGUACAGAGAUCGCAAACCUUUGGGAGGUUCCGUAACCAGCAGACUUGAUGCUGAAUUUGCACAUGGGGAGCUUGAAGGAGGCUCCUCUGAUGCUGAGAUGUCAUUGACAACUCUUGAGUGCUCUUCAGAUGUGAGAAAUGACAAUCUUUCCCUAGCAAACAAACACACUACUCCCCAAAGUGUUUCCAAGGACAACUCCUGGUCUGCUGUUGCAAAUCAAACAACCUUAAAACCGAAAAGCAUGAAGUUGCCCCGGAUCAGGAGUAUAAAAUGCAAACAUAAAGAAAAAUGUUCUGGGUUGGAGCCUUCUCUUGCAGAAGAGGAGGGUGGCAUGAAGCGCUGCUCUUCUGAUACCAAAGGUUUCUCUGGCCUUCAGAAAGAUUCUCUUCUGAGAAGUGGAAAAGUUGAUGGUCAGAAACUGUUAAACAACAUGCACGAGAAACCCAGGGAUUCUGCUGAAAUAGAAACGGCUGUGGUGAAACACGUCUUGUCGGAGCUGAAGGAGCUCUCUUACCGGUCCAUGAAUGAUGAUGCUAGUGACUCUGGCACUCCAAAGGCCACAGUACCUUUACUUUUCUCUUCUGCCUCUGGUCACGGUCGUUUGCCUAUUGAGCCAAAUUACAGAUUCAGCACCUUGUUAAUGAUGUUGAAGGAUAUUCAUGACAGUAAGGCAAAAGAACAGCAACUGAUGACUGGUCAGAACAUAGUCCCGUAUCGAAAUACCAGCACAGCCGAUGGUUCUGGAAGCAAUUCUGCGAGUGGUCUGACAUCCUUGUCUAUUGUAGGUCCCCCAUAUAAAAUAGAAAAAAAUGGAGAUUGUGUCCAGGAAACGGUCAAUGCGAACUCCAGUAUAAGCAACUCCUCAUUUUCACGCAAUCCUCCAGCCAAGUUAACAGGGAUUGGUGCUAGUAAGAGGGAGCCUGCGAAUACUGCUGUUUCUGGGACAAAUGGCACAAAUUGCGUGUCCAAACGCAACUGUUCAAAAUCUAAGCAGUCAUCAAAGCUUGGAGAUAAGACAGUUUCAAACAGAAAGGACUUAAAACCAGGAGGGCCAAGUAAGUUGUUAAGUCGGUUAUCCAGAGAUUCAGGAGAACAUGCAUUCCGCGUUCACGGUUCGGUUACCAGUCCUCUAGGUAAUGAAGCAGAAGAUACUGGGAGGAAAGAGUCUGUUGAUUUAACAGAACAUUCAACUGAUGAAGACUCUGCUUGUUUAUCUGAUGACAAUUUAGGUCGUAUUGGAAGGAGACCUGAAGCUGGUAGAAAUACUGAGAGCUGCACUUCUGCUGAAAAUGGGGAGAGUCCAGACUUGGAUUCAGAGGCAAAUAGUGAGAGCUCUCUUGGUGAUGAGGCUAAUGAUAUAAAUCAUGUAGCACCCAAAAAGCGAUGGCAGCGUUUUAACCAAAGCAGUGCUAGAUCUAAUAAGCACAUCAGUAGAUCUAGGGAACAAGGAAACUUGGCAAGUCCCCUUGGCCUGAAUUCUCAUGGCUUUUCACUGAAGGGAAAUGAGUGCUUGGGACGUAGGCAUUCCCCUCAUUCAAAGGUGCUUGAGGGAGACCUAACAGGUCAGGACUAUGAGAAUCAUUUAGACUUAGUUGAGAAACGUUUGAAUGUAUGUGGUAAGCCAAACAACAGUGUGAUGGACUCAGAAACAGAGCUUGGCAACUUUGCUCCCCAGUCUGAAUUCUCUGCACAAGUACAUUCAGAGAGGAAACGCCUUAGAAAGCCAAGUAAACGGCUUCUGGAAUAUGCAGAAGAAUAUGAUCACUUAUUUGCACCCAAGAAAAAGUCAAAGAAAGUCCAGGAGCAAUUGCAAAAGGUGAAUUCUCUGGCGAGGUCUGAAUUUGAAGGAGGUCUUCCUGCACGGUGCAGUCCUGACAGAGAUGCCCAGCGGGGGCCAAGCCCUUUGAUUUCAACUCCAUCUUCAACCAAAGAGUCCCCUCCCAUUCUUGAAGCAGAGUGCUCCUUCUCAGAACUAGGAUCCCAUUCCACUGAUCCCACCCACCAACUUCUAGAAGGACCUUCUGAUUUUCCAGAGCUUGUGCUAUCUUCCUCAGAUGUUUCUGAAGUUUCUGCUUCUCCAGAUGCGGAGGAGAGGUUCCUGAAAUCGGGAAACUUUGAGAGCAAACGUCAAAGGAAGCCCACUAAAAAGCUCUUGGAAUCCAAUGAUUUGGACACUGCCUUUAUGCCAAAGAAGGAGGAGUGGACUCCCCCAAAGAAGGGCACUGGCCCUUCGGAGAGCGACAGCUCUGAACUGUACUCACCAGCCCACUUCUCGGACCUGGGAGAAGCUCCUGAAAAGCUCUUGGAGAAGCAACGGAAGCGGAAGAGACAGCGCCAUCCCUCUGUUGCAAUGCAUUCCAAGAAGGAGAAAAACGGGGAAGGGCUGGGGGAGACCCCACAUUCUGAGGGGGAGACAUCAGGUCAUGGGACUGCUACAAGCCCUAAAGAGGGAAAUGAAGAGGGGUCUGAGAAUGACCAUGGAGUGCCUUCAUCCAAAAAGAUACAGGGGGAGCGUGGAGGAGGAGCAGCUCUCAAGGAGAAUGUGUGCCAGAUCUGUGAGAAGCCAGGGGAAUUGCUGCUGUGUGAGGCGCAGUGCUGUGGUGCUUUCCACCUGCAGUGCCUUGGGCUCUCUGAGAUGCCAACGGGCAAAUUCAUCUGCAACGAGUGUUCCACAGGAGUCCAUACCUGCUUUGUGUGCAAGAGCUGUGGGGAAGACGUGAAACGGUGUUUGCUGCCACUCUGUGGGAAGUAUUACCAUGAAGAAUGCAUACAGAAAUACCCGCCCACAGUCAUGCAGAACAAGGGUUUCCGAUGCUCUCUGCACAUAUGCAUGACUUGUCAUGCUGCUAACCCAGCAAACAUCUCUGCGUCUAAAGGCCGCUUGAUGCGCUGCGUGCGGUGCCCAGUAGCAUACCACUCCAAUGACUUCUGCCUCGCUGCUGGCUCCGUGGUCCUCGCCUCCAACAGCAUCAUCUGCCCCAACCACUUCACUGCACGGAGGGGCUGCCGCAACCAUGAGCACGUCAACGUCAGCUGGUGCUUUGUCUGCUCGGAAGGGGGCAGCCUUUUAUGCUGUGAGUCGUGCCCGGCUGCGUUUCACCGUGAGUGUCUAAACAUUGAGAUGCCAGAGGGAAGCUGGUAUUGUAACGAUUGCAAGGCAGGCAAAAAGCCACACUACAAGGAAGUAGUCUGGGUGAAAGUUGGGCGCUACAGGUGGUGGCCAGCUGAGAUUUGCCAUCCCAGGACAAUUCCUGUCAACAUCCAGAAAAUGAAACACGACAUCGGCGAGUUCCCUGUGCUGUUCUUCGGCUCCAAGGAUUACCUGUGGACCCACCAGGCUCGUGUGUUCCCGUACAUGGAAGGCGACGUCAGCAGCAAAGACAAGAUGGGGAAGGGUGUGGAUGGCAUAUACAAGAAAGCUCUUCACGAAGCUGCGGUAAGAUUUGAAGAACUGAAGGCACAGAAAGAACUGAGACAGCUUCAGGAAGACAAAAAGAAUGACAAGAAACCUCCUCCCUACAAACACAUCAAGGUGAACCGGCCGGUGGGUAAGGUGCAGAUCUUCACUGCAGACCUGUCCGAGAUACCACGGUGCAACUGUAAACCAACAGACGAAAACCCCUGCGGCCUGGACUCUGAAUGCAUCAAUCGCAUGUUGCUCUACGAGUGCCACCCCCUGGUCUGCCCCGCAGGGGAACGUUGUCAGAACCAGUGCUUCUCUAAGCGGCAGUAUCCCGAGGUACAAAUUUUCCGCACGCUGGCACGAGGCUGGGGCUUGCAAGCCAAAACAGACAUCAGAAAGGGUGAAUUUGUUAACGAGUAUGUUGGGGAGCUAAUUGAUGAAGAGGAGUGCCGAGCCCGAAUCCGCUAUGCUCAGGAGCACGACAUCACCAAUUUCUACAUGUUGACACUGGAUAAGGACAGAAUCAUUGACGCUGGCCCAAAGGGCAAUUACGCUCGGUUCAUGAACCACUGCUGCCAGCCAAACUGUGAGACUCAGAAAUGGUGUGUGAAUGGUGAUACUCGGGUUGGGCUCUUCGCAAUUGUAAAUAUCAAAGCUGGGACUGAGCUGACUUUCAACUACAAUCUGGAAUGUUUGGGAAAUGGAAAGACAGUUUGCAAAUGUGGUGCUCCAAAUUGCAGUGGCUUCCUAGGAGUGCGGCCAAAGAGCCAGCCCACCCUCACCGAGGAGAAGUCCAAGAAGAUGAAGAGACGGCCGCAGAUGAAGCGCAGGUCGCAGGCAGAGGUGAUGAAGGAACGGGAGGACGAGUGCUUCAGCUGCGGGGACGGAGGGCAGCUGGUUUCUUGUAAGAAGCCAGGCUGCCCCAAAGUGUACCACGCCGACUGCCUCAACCUGACCAAGAGGCCCGCAGGAAAAUGGGAGUGCCCAUGGCAUCAGUGUGACAUGUGUGGUAAGGAAGCAGCUUCCUUCUGCGAGAUGUGCCCCAGAUCCUUCUGCAAGCAGCACCGGGAAGGCAUGCUCUUCAUCUCCAAGCUGGAUGGACGCUUAUGCUGCACAGAGCACGAUCCCUGCGGCCCUAACCCCCUAGAGCCAGGAGAAAUUCGUGAGUAUGUGCCUCCCAUGGGAGCACUGACUAACGGCGACGACACCCAGCCGCCAGAGCAGCCGCCUGCAGAUACAGACCUGAGCGUUCAGCCUUUGGACAGGCUACCUCAGUCUACGGCCUUCAAACUGCAGUCCCCAGAAAAGCCCCCCGCUACCCUAGCGCUGCGGCUGCCGCCGUCAGACAAACCCCCCACCACCCUAGCCCUGAGGCUGCAGCCGUCAAACAAGCCCCCCACCACCCUGGCCCUGCGGCUGCCCCCGCCAGACAAACCGCCCGCCGCCCUGGCGCUGAGACUGCCGCCGUCAAACAAACCCCCCACAACCUUGUCGCUGAGGCUGAAGCCGUCCAACAAACCCCCCACCACCCUGUCCCUCCGGCUGCAGCCCUCGGACAAACCUCCCACCACCCUGUCGCUCCGCCUGCAGCCGUCAGACAGGCCCCAGGCUGCCCUGUCCCUGAGGCUGCAGUCGGAGAAGCAGCCCAUCAUCGUAGCGCUGAAGCCUCAGCAGCCCGACAAACCUCCCGCCAACGCCGUGCUGUGGCCGCUGGACGAGGCUUCCAGCGACGCCUCGCAGCCUCCUCUGCCCAGCAAGUCUCCGGGAAGCCCGCAGUCAUCGGACGAGGCGCUCGUUCCUGCUGGGGCCCUGCAGCUCCAGCUGUCGGACGAGCCUCCUGCCGCUGCUGGGGUUUUGGAGUUAGCGGACAAGUCGCUCGGCGACACCAGGACCCAGCAGCCGGAGCUGCUGAAUGAGUUUCCGACAAAAUGCCUGCACCCUCAGCUGUCGGACAGACUUCUCGCCACGGCAGGGACCCUGCAGUCCCAGCCCGUGGAUGAGCCUCCCGUGGCCGAUCAGCCUCAGCUGCUGAGCAAAGCUGCUGCCCAGAGUCUGCAGCCUCAGCCUGUGGAGAAGGCCCCCAGCUCCGUGGUGCAACAUGUCCCAGCACCGGAGGAGGUUCCCAGCCCUGGGGUGCUGUGGCCUCUGCCCAUUGAAAACGUCCCCAGCUCCCCGGUCUCACGGAUCCUGCCCACGGAGAAGGUUUCUGGACUGGGGGGGCCGCGGCCCCCACCUCCGGAGAAGGCUUCCUUCUCCGGGGCAGCGCGGGUCUUGGCCACGGAGAAGGCUCCCGCCUCUGGGGCACCCCAUCCCCUGCCUCCAGAGAAGGUUCCUGCCUUGGGGAUGCCACGCAUCCUGCCCCCAGACAAGGCUCCCAGCUUAGGGAUACCACGUCCGCUGCCCCUGGAGAAGGCCCAUGGCUCCCGUUCACCCCACGUCCUGCCCGUGGAGAAGGCUCUCGGCUCGGGGGCCCUGCGGAUCCCCCUCACGCAGAAGGCUCUGAGCCCCGGCGUGCUGCGGCCCCUGCCUCCAGAGAAGGCUCCCGAUGCCGGGGCGCUGCGGGUCUUGCCUCCAGAGAAGGCUCCGAGCUCCGGGGCCGUUCGGCCUCAGCUCCUGGAGAGGCCCCUGGCUCUUACGGCCCCGUGGCCUCAGGCCUCAGACAAGCUGGCUGCUGCUGUGGCUCCUCGGCCCCAAGUCUUGGAGAAGCCCCCAGCCGCAUCGGCCCCGAGGCUGUUGCUGUCAGAGAAGGCGCUGCGGCCCGUCGACCAGAACGCCCAGCCCAAGGACAGGGGAGCGCCCGCCGCGGAGCUCAACCCCCAGCAGAAGGAGAGGACCCUGUUAGCUGGCGAGCAGAUCUCGUGGUCGGUUGGGAAGGCGGUGCCGCACGUCGGACAGUUACCUUGGCCCACGGAGAAGCUCCAGACACACGAGCAAACCCACUGGCCCGCUGCGAAAGCCCUGACGCCUGCCGAGCAGUCUCCCCGGACAGCAGAGAAGCUACCAGAGCCGACUCUUCAGCCUGUCUGGGAAGUGGCCUCAGCCCCCGCGGAGCAAACCCCUUGGACAUCAGAGAGAUUGCGUGCGUUCGAGCAGACCCCCCGGCCUGCCAGGGAAGCGCCGGUGCCCCCAGAGCAGACGCAGUGGAUUGUCACAAACAUUCAGACUCUUGACCAGAUUUCUUGGCUGGCUGGAAAAGUACAUACUCCUCGGGGGCAGGACCCUUUGCCUGAACAGAACGCAGCGCUAGCCCGUAACCAGGAUUCUGUCUGUCACGAAUUGGCUGACUCAGAGCCAAAGUGAGGUCGGUGAACAUGGGAGGCAGGUUUCAGUCUUUUAAUGUUUAGGGAGGGGGAUAUUCUUUGUUUUGUUUUCUUUAUUCACUUCCCUGAGCCCAGCCCCUAACCCAUGCACAUCCCAUCCAUAUUCUCUCGUGACAUGAGCAAGGACAUUCACUUCAGUCUGAGUGUGGCCCAGCCAAAGGGAGAGAGCAUCCGUGAGCUUUUCCUCUUCCUUUUGCGAAUGGUAAAGCUGAAAUAAAGAGUCCACUCUGGGUAAAAUCUCAAAUUCCACUGAAAUGGUCACAUUACUGAUCCAGCAUGUUCAAGCUCCAGGUCCAAUUCCUAGGCAGGUUCCCGCGUACAGCGAGGGGCCUCGCUCUUGCUAAGUGUAUUUAGAGGAAGCAGAUCCGUCAGGCUGCCCCGGGAUCGGAGAGGUUUCAGGGAUCGGAUGGGGAGCAGUCAGGCGCGUACUCUCUUGCCGACCUCUGCAGAAGGCAGGGAGGGGGUUUAUCUGUUGUCUGCCCUGCAGGGUUUUGCUUUGCGAGGUUCUGUCCGUAUGUUCACCGGGACGUGCUGCGUGCGCGGCACACCGAGGACAGGCGUUGUGUCCGGCUGAGUUAGGAGAGGAGCCUCCUGCACCCGCUCGGUGCGGUUUUCUCCAGCAAUAGGCAGUGUCCGCGUAGGCUCCUUGAUACAAAGCUGCAACUGCCCAGGCCCCAGAAACGGGGAAUCUGAAGGAGGUCAGGGAAAAAGAAAGAUCUUGGAAGAAGCCAUCUGGCAGGUUUUUCCUUCUUGUGUCUUAACCCUUUAGCACGGGGCACGCGGCGUGCUUCCUGCACUUGCCAACACCCAGACCUGUAAAGCAGCAAUAGCAGAGUCAGGCAGAGGGACUUCCCCUGGUGCUGGGCGUUGGUGUCGGUGCUCCCUUUGACGUUUCCAUCCAGUCUCUUGGUGACUCGUGCCGGCACCGUGAGCCAGCAGCCUGCGUGGUCUUUUCUCCCCUUGCCUCGGACGUGUUCAGGACGUGCUCGCAUCCCACCAGGUCUUCCCAGCAGCAUGGGGCGUUGCAGAGCUGCAGUCGAAGCCUGUCGUUAACUUUGCAGCGCGGAGGCAAGGGUGCUGUGCGUGUAGGGGACCCGUUCUGCACCUUCCCCUCGGGUAGCUUCCAGCUUCACUCAUCUACAACCAAAGGAGACUUGAAUUAACUGGACUGUGUCGGUGUGCGUGUGUGUGUGCGCGUGUGUGUCCUUCCGACCCAAUCGUAGUUCUCACACUGGAACGCGGGGCUCGAGCAGCUGGCCGCCUUCUUUCCUCUUCGCCCUUUUCCGGCUGAGGAGCCCCUUUGUUACCUGGUGGGUGUCCAGGCUAGGCCUGCUGAAAGCAGCUCACCCCAGCGUUGAGGCAGAAGUUGGGGGCGAGUCCCAGAGGGCCGCAGCGGCGUCUCGCAGUGGGUGCCGCGGGCCAGCGCCGCCCGUUCAGGCAGGAGGAGGACGAGUGGCCCCGGGCACGGUGGGGUCGGCACCCUGCCGAGGACACACUGCUGACCCGGACGUUCUCCCACUCUCCCAACACCUUACCUCUGGUUUUCCUGAGCUCUGCUGACCCGGGUACCGCAACCUCCGAUCUCAGUGCCCGCCACCAGGCUCCGGAGAACCCCCUUGUUUGGGGCAGAGGCGCAGGAGCCUCCCCAGACUGGGUUUGGCUCCAGCUGACCCCUUCCCGCUGACUUGGGAGCACAUCCCUGGGCUUGCAGGUGCUUGCUUGCUGCUCCUGGAGCAGGUGGUCACGAGCUUUGCUGUUUUCCAUGAAGGGAGGCAGGCGCAUGUACCAAGACAAAUCCUGAUCCGUUCUCCCUUCCUUACGUGUGCACCCCAAGACAACGUCCUGCUGUAAAGGCCGGGUGUGCUGGGCACAGGGGACGUUACCAGUGCGGUGGUGCAUCUCUUCCAGUCCGCAUCAUUUCAGAUCCUUUGUAGAAUAGCUAGCGACUUCAAAAAGCUUUACGGCUUAUGGAAACUUACUGAUUAAUGAUGUUUUUCCGGGAAGACUGGCAGGUCAGUUCCUGCUCGCUGCUGAAACUGGGGACAUGCAAGCAGCUUGUGUUUCUGCGUGACUCCUGCACAAAGGGAAUCAGGACAACUCCUCAGAGCCAUUGAGAGAGAAGGUAAUCUAAGGGCAUUUAACUUUUUUAAACAGAAAUAAAAAUGGUAAUGAGUUUCAGUAUAUUAAGUAUUUAUCAUGUGUGAGAAGGAAAAUAAACCUUGAACUCACAUUUAUAGGCCUUCCCAUGAGCUGGACGUAGUCAUGUAGAGUAUGUAAGUAGGGUUACCUCCAUGCCAGCCGCCCAGCCAGCUACAGCUGUAACAGAGAGGGGUCUGCGCUGCUCUGCCCAGCUCCGCUUUGCAUCGUCACGUGUUAACUAGCUAUUUGUUUCAUGAAAAAUAAACUGUGAAUAUUUUUGGUGCAGGCUUUUUUAAAUCUGUAAAAUGGAGAAGUUCUCAGUGAAUUCUCGUAAGUGCAGGUUUGAAAAAUCACUUCUAUAAAUCAUGUGCUCAAACAAUAGGGCGAGGUUCACGGCAGCAGAAGCCUUUCACGCAGCGCGUUGGUUAUCCAAAAGCUUGUUCUGAGCAGUGACCAUAGAUUGAACUGUUGCAUGGCAUUUCAAACCCACAGCCUUAUACCUCGCAUCUGACCGUACCCCACCUCUCUUCGCUCCCUUCAUGCCUUUUCCGCAAGGAUCCAGGUUUCCGACUUGCUCCCUUCCAGUUACGUGUUGGAAAGUCUAAUUUAGCAAGCUGCUGUUCCCUCCCAGCCCUUGUGGGUAAUUCUCUGCCAGAUCAGGAGGGCUUCUGAGAUGUGUGCAGGGCUCUGUACGUGCUUGUGGCAGUGACUGCAGUCACCCCAGUAAAAUGGCCUGAGGUGGGGAGGUCGGUCCCUGAAGUCCUGCUGCUCCCAGCCUGCCUUCACCUGGGGGUGAGCAGCUUCAGGCAAUGGCAACGCCACCGAGGAAACGCGGGCUGCUUCAGCGCUCGGGUGACUUGGUGGCAGCUGGUGGCACAGCCUUGGAGGAGGAGAGGUGUGUACGGAAGCGGUUCGGUUCAUUUUCUGCCUUGCAGAGUUCAGCCAGUUCGAAUCACAGAUUCUGUUGACGUAGAGGAAGGUGGCAGGUAACUCAUACCCCUGGUACGCUGCUCGUGCAAGAGAAACUGCUGGCGGGCUGCUCCGGCUCCCAGAGCCCCAGCGCUGGGCUGGAGGUGGCCGAGGUCGGCAGCUGUGGCACCGUUUUGGUGUGUUGGAGUGCUCCGAUCAGCAGGUGAAUCAAGGGCAGUCGUGAACCUUGGUCAGAGUAGCUUCCCUUUCCCUGCCAUCGGGGAGGCUCGCGGGAACUUCCCGGCAGCAGUCCCCUUGUAGGAACGGCUCUCCCUUCCCCGUGGAGAAAGGGCUGAAAGCGUUCACAGCUUUCAGCCUGCUUCGCCUGGCAGCGUGCUUGCUGGUGGGGCAGCCUGCCCCCGCUGCGAGCAGUGCAUUGGGGUCACCGCCUGUGGCCUCAGCCCCACGGCACGGCUCAGUUCAGUGCCCCACCACGAGCAGAAUUGAGUCCCAGUUCACCUCUGCUGGUGGAGGAGCUCUUCUGGUGGAUAACGGCAAGGCGAUGGGCCUCGCAUGGGCACGAUCUGCCUGCCGAGGUGGUGCUGGAGGGUUGUGGGGCUGGCUCCUGCUGUCAGCGGGGCUCCGGUGAGGCUGGCAGAGAAGAGAUCACUAAGGGAUAAUCCCCUACCUGUACCUUCUGAUGCUAACUAGCUCACGGUAGCUUUCUUUAUUGCUGUUCACAUGCUAAUACUUUUUUCCUAUUUAAAAAAAAAAAAACAAAGAUUCACUUCCAUGCACAAACUCCAGGUAGUACUGUGGGUGCAUGCGUUACAAUUGGGGUUAAACCCACCCCCCUACAGGCACAGGGCUUCGGAGGUGUGGCUAUUAGAAUGCAAUUCGGAUAGAUGGUUAAAUCUGAAGAGCAGUCACGUAUUAAGGUGAGGAGAUGUGGGCUUAGGGUGCCAGAGGAGCUUCAGCUGUGUUUCACGGGAAGAACGACAAGAAGGAGACCUAACCCUAACGCAUCGUCGGCUGCUUUAACCCGAGCAUGCCGCUGGCGUACGCUGCUCGUACCGGGAUGCCGCAGCCGGUGUUGCAGCAGGGCAGAGGCGAGGCCGUUUGAGGAACCUCAGACCUUCAACACCUUCUGUUUUAUUUUUAAUUUCCGCCUUAACUUCUGAUUUUGCUUGAUGUUUGGAAUAACCAUAACUGUAACCUGCUUGUAAUGUGCUUUGCCCUAACUUCCCGAUGAGUCAUUUCAGCCUUCGCCAGCGAGCGAAUGUCAAAGCAAAGUGGCAAAACGUGCGGCUACUCCGAAAGGAAGCGACAGAGGCCGCCACCCGGGUCUGGCGAGGGCUCGUUCCGUGGUUUGGUCACCCCAAAUUAGCUUUGUGCUAAUGACUCCCCGUGAUAGUGGCAACGCGAACGGAGGCGCUUGCAGCCGAGGUCUGGCUGGCGGGGGCUCGGGGCUCCCGGGGGCUGUUUUAUGGGGCAUGGGGCUUGGGGACAUGGCUUUAGGGGCAGCUGGCCGGCGUGGUGGCAGCAGGGUGCGGUGCCCUCGGUCAGCACGGGUAGGGGAACGCCUCCGAAAUGGAUCCGAGCCGAGCCAGGGGCAGGCGCCCUCCAAGCGAGGCAGCGGGACAGGGUGCGUGAGCGCGGGCUGGGGCAGCGGCGGUGACGGACAGUCCUACAGCACUGAAUCUACCUCCUAGGGAAAUCUGAGAAAUGGGUGUUGCUAUGUCCUAUUUCAAGGUAAAGUUUUAAUCAGUUUGCCCUCGGCUAAGCUCUUGGGCUAUCGUGGUGCUAUUGUAAAACGUUCGGCAGCUUAGCACAGUAGGGCUGGACUCACGGCUCCUAGCCCACGGGCCGAACCCCGUCCCCGCGCAGCUGGGGCUGGGCUGCGGUGCCUGUGGCCAAAACAGGACAAGGCAUGUCUCCUGCGCCCGGGGAGAUGGGGUUCCUUUGAUUUGUGAUGGUUUUGAGACCCAAACCAGCCGUGCCAGUGGGCCCUGUGAGCGUAGAGAGCGAGUGGAGCCACAUGAAGCAAGCCAGGCGUCCGCUACCUGCAUGUUCUGUGUGUCCGUUUGGUACUGAGCUGGUUUCAGUUUUUGUUUUUCUGAUGUUUCCGAGUUGUUGACUUCAAGGAACUGGGUUUUGUGUAUUUUUUUUUUUUUUUUAAGACACUGGGAACUUGUUUUAAAAGCAGAAGCAGCAGCACCAGGAGGCUCGAGGUGGAGCGUGGCUGGAGCUGAGGGUGGCCCCGGUCGAUGUGCAGGGAGGAGGGCAGGGGGGCGCUUGUGCCAGCAGCGGCUCGUGCUGGCCCAGGGGGAGCAGGGUGCCAGGGGCACACUCCCCGCCACUGCCCCUCUCCCUGCCAAGGGCACGUUACACCCCGAUAACCCACGGCGCUGCAUUUGCCGCCCCGCCAGCCCGCUCGCCUCCGAGACACCAAGCUUGGGGUAACGCGCCCGGUCCCGAGCAGCCUCAGCCAUCCUCCGGUGCCAUGCGCCCUGGGUUGGGGCCCCGGGGAGGGUGGCCCGCUCCUGGCCCCGAGGGGACCUACCUGGGUGUGCAGGGGGCUGCCGGGGAAGGAAGCUGUGCCCGCUCCCCCUCCUUUGCUGCCAGGGAGGGGACAGGGGAACGCCGUGCUCGGGUGGUGGCGUAGGGUUGUGCUUAAGCCGUGAGGUCGGUGCCGGGACUCCCAGAGGCCAGGACACCGCCCUGUGUCACCCGCUGAGGCUUGCUGGGGGCGUCCUGCGCAGGGUCCCCUCCUCGGGCUUCGCCGAAGGAAAUCGUGGCUGGAGCGGGGGUGCCCAGCCCGGGCGGGUGCUGGGGGCGGGUGGGGGCUCCGGGGGGUACGCGGGGUCACUCAGAGCUGUCCAGGUCGUGUCUGUCGGUUCUAAGCGGGAGUGCCAGAGCGGGUGAGAGAAACCUACAUAUUUCCAGCAUGUAUAUUACUUUUAGAAGAGGGAGAGGGGAGAGUCUCGGACCAUUGAUUACUUUCAUUUUGCUCCCCUUAGACUGUUGGCUGUGUAUGUGAAACUUAUAAUGAAAAGAGGGUUGCCCUGCCCAGGUGCUCCCAGAACAUGUACUGUAAUUCUUUGUAUAUAGAAGAAAAAUUACUGUAAAGUAAAGUUUAACUUUACUCUCGA